AUGAAGAAUUCAAUCCUAACAACAACAACGCUUUUUGUCAUUUUACUUUUUCUCCACUCUGCACUUGCUCUCAAGGAAGGACAAAUAUGCUUAGCAGAUAAAAACUGUGAUUCUGGUUUACACUGUGAAACCUGUGUGGCUAAUGGAAACUUGCGACCUAGGUGCACUCGUACACAACCAAUUAACCCUACUUCAAAGGUGAAAGGGUUACCAUUUAAUCGGUAUUCAUGGUUAACAACACAUAAUUCAUUUGCACUUUUAGGUCAAAAAUCAGCAACUGGUUCUGUGAUUCUUGCUCCCACAAAUCAGCAAGACACCAUUACCUCUCAGCUUAAUAAUGGUGUAAGAGGAUUGAUGCUUGACUUGUAUGACUUUGAGAAUGAUGUUUGGCUGUGUCACUCAUUUGGUGGCCAGUGCUUCAACUAUACAGCUUUUCAACCUGCCAUCAAUGUUCUCAAAGAGAUUCAAGCAUUUCUCGAAGCAAAUCCAUCGGAGAUUGUUACUAUCAUUAUCGAAGAUUACGUUACUUCACCAAAAGGCCUAACAAAGGUCUUUAAUGCUGCUGGUCUGAGAAAAUACUGGUUUCCGGUAUCUCGAAUGCCAAAAAACGGCGGAGACUGGCCAACAGUAGAUGAUAUGGUCCAGAAGAACCAGCGUUUAGUAGUCUUCACUUCAAAAGCAGCUAAGGAAGCUUCCGAAGGGAUAGCCUAUGAAUGGCGAUAUUUAGUAGAAAACCAAUAUGGAAAUUCAAAUGGAGGAAUGAAGGCCGGUUCGUGUCCAAAUCGCGCAGAAUCACCGUCUAUGAACACAACAUCAAGAUCAUUAGUCCUAGUGAACUACUUUCGAGAUCUUCCAGAUGGAACUCAAUCUUGUAAGGACAAUUCAGCUCCUUUGCUUAACAUGGUUAACACUUGCUAUCAAGCAGCCGGAAAACGUUGGGCUAAUUUCAUUGCUGUUGAUUUCUACAAGAGGAGCGAUGGAGGAGGAGCUCCAGAAGCGGUUGAUGUAGCGAAUGGUCAUCUAGUAUGUGGAUGUGGAAACAUAGCCUCCUGCAAGGCUAACAUGACAUUCGGAGCAUCAUGUCAGUUACCUGUGGCUGAACUAGCUCCAGCCCGUGAAGCAGCAUUAGCAUCUAGCUUUAGCAUUCUAAAUUGCAAGCCAGCUAGUUUAUUGUUGUCUUUUGCCAUUACUCUGUUGGCCAUGCUCGUGGCACUGUGA